GAAUUCUUGAAAUGCUCAUCAAUCCUCAGAGUUUACUGAACCACAAAAUGGCAUCCGUAAACGACGAAAUUGCCUUCCAAAUGUCGCCGUAUUUCACCCUCUACAAAGACGGCCGUAUUGAGAGAUUAAGGGGGCCGGAAAGUGCUCCGAAUUCCGACGAUCCAGACGCCGCCGUCUGGUCCAAGGACGUCGUUGUCGAGCCGGAAACCGGCGUCUCCGUCCGUCUAUUCCUCCCAAAACUCACCGACGCCGACAAGAAGCUCCCGCUCGUGAUAUACAUUCACGGCGGCGCUUUCGUCAUCGGUUCCGCUAGGUCAGAGGUGUUUCACAGCUUCAUCAGUUCGAUCGCGGAAAAGGCUAAGGUUAUUGCGGUGUCGGUGGAGUACAGGCUAGCACCAGAGCACGCUCUCCCGAUCGCCUACGACGAUUCCUGGCUAGCCUUUCAGUGGAUAAUGUCUCACAGCGACGGAUUAGGGCCGGAGCCAUGGCUGAACAAUCACGCCGAUUUCAGCAACAUUUUCCUCGGCGGAGAGAGCGCGGGCGCGAAUAUAGCUCACGAUGUCGCUAUUAGGGCUGGAAAUAGCGCGGAUUUCAAGGACGAUCGGAAGAUGUCGGGGCUAUUCCUAGUUCACCCGUUCUUUGGGGGAAAAGAUGAGGACAAGCUGUACAAGUUCCUGUGCCCUAGUAGCAGCGCCCGCGACGACGAUCCGCGGCUGAAUCCGGCGGCGGAUCCGAGGCUGGCGCAGAUGCCGUGCAAGAAGGUGGUGUUUCACGUGGCGGAGAACGACUUCCUGUUGGCGAGGGCCAAGGCGUACUACGAGGCGUUGAAGAGCAGCCCGUGGAAGGGAGAAGUGGAGAUUCUUGAGAUCGAAGGUGAAGGCCAUGGCUUUCACUUGAUAAAUCCAAGCCAUCCCAAGGCUGGAAUUGUCACUCAAGAUUUGGUUACUUUCUUCACUUCUUAGUUUUAAUUUUGUUACAGUCUGUACUGUAUUCUGAAUUCUUAUGAUGCAAUAAUAAUAAUAUCGGUCGGAGCUUUAACUUUGUUGUUGAAUA